AAUGAGGCUCCCAAACUGAAACACCCCGAGGGGCUGGAAGAAGAGAAAAGGGGUUUUUUUUUAGCCAAAAAAGCUCGGCUGGAGUGGGAGCUGAAGGUGGAGGAGAAGAAGAAGGAGUGUGCAGCGAGAGGAGAAGACUACGAGCGAGUGAAACUGCUGGAGAUCAGUGCUGAGGAUGCCGAGAGAUGGGAAAGGAAAAAGAAGAGGAAGAAUCCAGAUCUCGGGUUUUCAGAUUACGCGGCGGCUCAGCUGCGCCAGUACCAGCGGCUAACCCGGCAGAUCAAACCCGACCUGGAGCAGUACGAGAAGCUGAAAGAGCAGUAUGGUGAAGCGCUUUACCCCACGUCUGACAGCCUGCUGCACGGGACUCACGUGCCCUCCAAGGAAGGCGUUGACAGAAUGGUUGCCGAUCUCGAAAAGCAAAUUGAGAAGCGUGAAAAAUACAGCCGCCGCCGUCCUUACAACGACGACGCGGACAUCGACUACAUUAACGAGCGCAAUGCCAAGUUCAAUAAGAAGGCAGAGAGGUUCUACGGGAAGUACACGGCCGAGAUCAAACAGAACCUGGAGAGAGGGACAGCCGUCUGAACCGUCAUCCCUGGCAAAGCAC